AAGCUAUAGUGAGAGAGUGAUGCAAAAGAGCUUACUAGGGUUUUAGCAGUCGUCGAGAAUAGCUCUUUGAGGGGUUUUAGAAAAUUCCAAAUCACGAUUCUCCGAUCUCAACAAUGGCGUCGAUGGUUCCUCCGAUUCCCACCGCCGACGACAAGAACGCCGAUGUCAAAGUCGAUUACUCCAACCUUCCUUGUCCCAUUCCCUUCGAAGAGCUUCAUCGCGAAGCUAUGAUGUCGUUGAAACCUGAGCUUUUCGAGGGUAUGCGUUUUGAUUUCACGAAAAUGCUCAAUCAGAAAUUCUCUCUCAACCACAGUGUUUCGAUGGGACCUACUGAGGUUCCUUCUCAGUCCGCGGAGAUUAUUAAAAUUCCAACUGCUAACUAUGAAUUUGGUGCAACUGUCAUUGAUCAUCCUAAGAUGUUGCUUAUGGGGAGAGCUUUGACUGACGGCAGGGUAACUGCUAGAGUCAAGUAUGACUUGACUGAGAAUCUCACUGUAAAAGCCAAUGCUCAGCUAUCAAGUGAGCCACAUGCGUCGCAAGGGAUUGUCAACUUUGAUUACAAGGGAAAGGAUUAUAGGACCCAGAUUCAACUAGGAAAUGGAUCUUUGCUAGGAGCAAGUUAUAUUCAGAGUGUAACCAAUCAUUUAUCAUUGGGUGGGGAGGUAUUUUGGACUGGUCAACAUCGGAAGUCUGGUGUUGGUUAUGCUGCUCGCUAUAACACUGAUAAAAUGGUUGCCACUGGACAAAUUGCCAGCACUGGAAUGGCCCUUCUAAGCUAUGUUCAGAAGGUAUCUGAUAAGGUUUCUCUGGCUACUGAUUUGAUGUGCAACUUCAACUCCAUGUCAAGAGACGUCACUGCUAGCUUUGGUUAUGACUACAUUCUUAGACAGUGCCGCCUUAGGGGAAAGGUUGAUUCCAAUGGCGUUUGUGCUGCAUUUUUGGAGGAGCGGUUAAACAUGGGUCUGAACUUCAUUCUUUCUGCCGAGCUUGAUCACAAGAAAAAAGACUACAAAUUUGGAUUUGGUUUGACCGUUGGAGAAUAAAAUAGCAGGACUAGAGCUGUAUUUCCUUUUCUUUAGCCAGCCUAGCCUAGCAAGUUUUCUUGCUUCAUUUUACUUGUUGGAGAUUCUUCUUUUUGGGAAAAAGAAAACACAGGAGGAAUAUAUCAUUUGUGUCGGCGAACAUCAUUUAAUCUGCAAGUUGGCCUAAAAAUACUACAAAUUUGUUUUGAACCCUUGCCAUGUUUUCCCUGGAGGGAGAUGUAGAGUGAUAAUAGAUGACCAUGCAUAUUAUAAGAUUCAUUUCAACAUAAUGCUCGUGUUUGCUAAUA